UUAGAUUUAGAGAGAGAGAGAGAGAGAGAGAGAUGGGUGGAGGGUUGAGAGUUUUAUACGCAAUACUGGUGUCAGCUGUGAUGCUGCUUAAUGCGCAGCAAGGAAUCAAUGCAGCAUUAACAGCAAAGACACACAGAAUAAUUCGUAAGGCCAACAGAAAGGGUCCUUAUUUGGGGUUGGUGAUUCCAAACCUAUUUGAAAUGAACCCUCUUCUUCUCUCUCCAAACUUCACCUCUGCUAACCUCACCAUUGAUUUUGCUGGAAGGAGAUUUCGGUUUGGAAGCAUUGCUGAAAAGCAAGUCAUCUUAGUCAUGACAGGACUGAGCAUGAUAAAUGCAGGCAUAACUACUCAGCUUUUGUUGAGCCUUUUCAACGUAGAGGGAGUAGUACAUUAUGGCAUUGCUGGAAAUGCGAACCCAUCCCUCAACAUAGGAGAUGUUGUCAUCCCUCGCUACUGGUCCCAUACCGUUCUUUGGAGUUGGCAGAGGUACGGGCUAGGGCCUGCAGAUGAGCUACCCCUCGAAUCAAAUGGAGACUACACAAGGGAAAUUGGCUACUUAAAAUUUGCUAAUUUUACCAUAAAUACCACACACACUAGCUCAGUUGACAACCUCUUGAACCAUGUAUGGUAUCAACCUGAGGAAGUUUUCCCCGUAGAUGGGACUCCUGAGCAAAGGGAGCAUGCCUUUUGGGUCUCCGUGGAUUCCCACUACUUCAAUAUCUCCAAAAAGCUAGAGCACCUAAAACUAGAAGGGUGCAUUAACUCAACAACUUGUCUUUCGGCGACACCGAAAGUGAGCAUUGUUGAAAGAGGAACAAGUGGGAGCAUUUACCUUGACAAUUCCGCUUACCGGAGCUUCAUUUAUCAUAAAUUUAACGUAAGCCCGGUAGACAUGGAAAGCGCGUCUGUAGCGCUUAUAUGUCUUCAGCAAAGGAAACCCUUCAUUGCCAUUAGGGCUCUCUCUGACUUGGCCGGCGGAGGCUCUGCCGAUUCAAAUGAGGCUGACACAUUCACCACGCUCGCCGCCAAUAAUUCAGUCUCUGUUGUUUUGGAAUUUAUAAAGCAAUUGUCAGCAAGCAAUAUAAGGGCAGGGGAUUGCUUGGAGGGCUUGGAGGCUAGGGUGACGCCGGAGAUGAAUGCAUGGAUGUUGCGGCCGUUUGUGGUGGCAGAUGUUGAGACGACUCUCUCCCAAAUGCAUCCAUUGAAGUCCCCUGGACCUGAUGGAUUUGCAGCUUGCUUUUACCAAAAAGCCUGGGACACGGUUCAAAAUGAGUGUGAUUUUAGAUUUAGAGAGAGAGAGAGAGAGAGAGAGAUGGGUGGAGGGUUGAGAGUUUUAUACGCAAUACUGGUGUCAGCUGUGAUGCUGCUUAAUGCGCAGCAAGGAAUCAAUGCAGCAUUAACAGCAAAGACACACAGAAUAAUUCGUAAGGCCAACAGAAAGGGUCCUUAUUUGGGGUUGGUGAUUCCAAACCUAUUUGAAAUGAACCCUCUUCUUCUCUCUCCAAACUUCACCUCUGCUAACCUCACCAUUGAUUUUGCUGGAAGGAGAUUUCGGUUUGGAAGCAUUGCUGAAAAGCAAGUCAUCUUAGUCAUGACAGGACUGAGCAUGAUAAAUGCAGGCAUAACUACUCAGCUUUUGUUGAGCCUUUUCAACGUAGAGGGAGUAGUACAUUAUGGCAUUGCUGGAAAUGCGAACCCAUCCCUCAACAUAGGAGAUGUUGUCAUCCCUCGCUACUGGUCCCAUACCGUUCUUUGGAGUUGGCAGAGGUGCGGGCUAGGGCCUGCAGAUGAGCUACCCCUCGAAUCAAAUGGAGACUACACAAGGGAAAUUGGCUACUUAAAAUUUGCUAAUUUUACUGUAAAUACCACGCACACUAGCUCAGUUGACAACCUCUUGAACCAUGUAUGGUAUCAACCUGAGGAAGUUUUCCCCGUAGAUGGGACUCCUGAGCAAAGGGAGCAUGCCUUUUGGGUCUCUGUGGAUUCCCACUACUUCAAUAUCUCCAAAAAGCUAGAGCACCUAAAACUAGAAGGGUGCAUUAACUCAACAACUUGUCUUUCGGCGACACCGAAAGUGAGCAUUGUUGAAAGAGGAACAAGUGGGAGCAUUUACCUUGACAAUUCCGCUUACCGGAGCUUCAUUUAUCAUAAAUUUAACGUAAGCCCGGUAGACAUGGAAAGCGCGUCUGUAGCGCUUAUAUGUCUUCAGCAAAGGAAACCCUUCAUUGCCAUUAGGGCUCUCUCUGACUUGGCCGGCGGAGGCUCUGCCGAUUCAAAUGAGGCUGACACAUUCACCACGCUCGCCGCCAAUAAUUCAGUCUCUGUUGUUUUGGAAUUUAUAAAGCAAUUGUCAGCAAAAUAGAAGCCUUGCCAAUCUUGUGUAUUUUCCUAUUUUGGAAUUUAACAAGCCUGUUACUAUUUUCCUAUGUUUUCUAUAUGUAUUCGCAAUUCGGUGAUGAUGCUGGAAUUGUAAUGAAUUGAUAAUUAUUGUUGAAUUGAA